AUGUUUACCUCACGAGAGGGUGUAACUCUCGACUCGGUAGCUGCUCCCCUGCGGCGUUGGCUGUUCAAUCCUGUCUCCUCAGUACCGGCAGCCCUUGUCUUAUCCGGCCUAGGACUGAACAAUCCCAGCACAAAUACCGUUAAAGUGCUGACUCCGGUCUAUCUGGUUACCUUGGCCGGCGUUCUUCUGUCUCUCAACGAGUACCUGGAUAGACAAUUCGCAAACAACUGGGUAUCGGACAAGACGUACAACUGGGAUGAGGAAAUUGUUUUGGUCACAGGAGGAAGUACCGGCAUUGGUGCCAGCAUCUGCAAGCAGCUUCUGACGCGGAAUCCGCGCACCCGAAUUGUGGUUGUCGAUUACGCUCCCCUGAGCUGGAAGGCCGAGCAGGAAGGUGUCCGUCUGUCAUACUACCAGUGCGAUUUGAGCAAAGCCGAUGCCUUGCGGUCGACGUGUGAGCGCAUCAGAGCCGAAGUUGGGCAUCCAACGGUGAUCUUCAACAAUGCAGGCUUGGUUCGGGGUGCCAGCAUCAUGGAAGGGUCGUAUGGUGACAUCGAGGCGACGGUGAGGACAAAUCUCAUCGCUCCGAUGCUGAUUGCCAAGGAGUUUCUCCCGGAGAUGGUCAAGAGGGACCACGGGCAUAUCGUGCACACGGGCAGCUUGAGCUAUUUGACGCCGCCGGCCUUGAUUACGGAUUAUGCGGCGACAAAGGCCGGAUUGCUGGCACUGCAUGAGGGCCUUCAACUCGAGCUCAAGCAUGUCCACAAGGCACCACGUGUGCGCCUCUCCAUAGGCAUCUUCUGCUUCAUCCGUACGCCACUCAUCAGCGGCGACACAAACGUGCCCAAUUUCCUUUUGCCGUUCCUACACGUUGAUACCGUCGGCGAGGCCAUGGUAGAUGCGGUGUAUAGCGGUUAUGGAUCGAUCAUCUAUCUGCCUGUCCUCAACAGGGUAGCGGCAAUGUUGAAAGGAGGUCCCGAAUGGUUCUUCCGAAUCAUACGAGAGAGCACGGUCAACUUCCGAAUCAACUUCCACGGCCGGCAGGAAGUCGACAAGGAGACGGGUAUAUUGCAAAAGGCGUAA